AGGCGCCGCCUCGGAGCCCCUGCCCGAGCCGCAGCCGGGGGCGGCGUGCGCGAGCGCCAGCGCUACCGCCAGCGUCGCCACCUCGGCCAGGCGGGCGCUGAGUGCGCGCGAGGUGGCCGACGCGGCGCUGUCGAAGGUGCGGGUUCAGGAGGCGCAGCGCCUCCAGGAGCUGCAGGCCCGCAGCCUGCUCGCGGAGAUGCUCGGCGAGGCCGGCGCCGCCGCGGAGCUGUGCGCGCCCCGGGGCCCCGGAAGGCCGCCUUGGGGCGCCCACGCCACGCAGCGCGCAAGGUCCGCCGGCGGCCCACAGGCGCAGCACGAGCCCGCGAGCCGCCCGCGCCCCUCGCGCUCGUCCUCCUGCCGGCUCCUGGCGCCGGCGGCGGGCACUGCGCUGAGGCCCAUCAACGGCAGCUCGCGCAGCAAGCCGUGGCCUGGGCGGGCGGAGGCGCCGGCAGCUCGGCCCGCGCAGGUGGCGGAGCCGCGGCCCGCGCAGCCGCUCAGCCCCAUCCUGAGCCCCGGCACACAGGAGCCGAGCGCGACGCCAGCCGCCGCCAAGCUGCUGCCGAAUUGCGGCACGGGCCUCGGCGCCGAGGACCCCGCCGUCGUCGCCGCGCCGCCACAGCCCGACGCGUUCGACGCCGAGUUCUGCCUGCUGCUCGCCGAGCGCCUCGCGGAGCCCGACUCGCCGGGCGGGGGCGCGCGUGGCCCGCCGGGCGGGGCCGCCCUGGACCUCCUGGGCUGAGCCACGGCCCGCGCCGCCUGUGCCGCCCGCCCGUGCCUCUGCGCCUCAGCUCGCUUCCUCGUCUCCUCUGCGUCGGGGUCCUUUGGCAUCGCCUGGGCGUGUGCAUCUCGUAAACAUCAUCAUAAUUAGAAGAAGUAGGAGGAGGAGGUGCAGGACAGCGCCUCGGCUUUCAAGGUGCUGCGCCAGCCCUGCUUGCGGCCCUGACCUCGCGCGUGUCAAAGGCCGCGCGCCAGGGCCGACGAGCCAGGCACACUGGAGCGGCGCGCGUGCAUCCUAGUCAUCGCCACCGUGCCUCAUGCCUCGGGUGGCGCCGGCUACUGACCUCUCCUUGUUGCGAGGCAGUCGCAGCGGGAGCUCUCGGGCGGUGUUCGGCUUCCAGUGCGCUCUCGGUACGACUUCUAUGGGCCCGAAGACUUCGGCCGCCGUGACCGACCCACCGCGCGGGGGAUCUGUGCGCCCUGCGGGGGGCGGAGGAGAAA